AUCUGGCAAGUUGGUGAACCAGUGGGAAAGUUCAUUGUUUGUCUGCGGCACCAAAGUAGAGCAUGCUCUGGCUGCCUCAAAGGCUGAAAUACUCAUUUAAAUUUUUCGGCUGAGCCGAGAUCUUUGAUCUUACCCGUGAUUACUUUUUCGACUCUUUCUUGACCACGUCGUCAUUGAUUGACGUCGUGGUCUCUGUUUCGCCAUCAUGUCUACCGAUUACAACUAUGACGAACAGGGCCAAUUCUUUCCAUUCUUCGUUUUGACCAUUUCGGGUCUCGUCACACUUCCACUUACAUAUUCCUUAUUGAAACCCAACAAAGGCCUUGAAAACACCGCGCCCCGAAUAUCCUCUGAUUUUAAAUCGAAGAAUGCGGAUGUGGUGGAAGGGCAGAAACGGAAACAUCGGCGGCAGGAGCGCAAAGUGAAGCGAUUUUUUACCGUGCUGUUAGGAUACGCGGUAAUGGGAUGGAUGAUUUACCUCAUCAUAGUCACAGCAAGGGUGACCCCGAAAAUUUGGGAUCCGUAUGAUAUCUUGCAGAUUUCCCGGUCCGCAAGUGAAAAGGAUAUCAAAAACCACUAUAAACGCCUCUCUCUAAAAUAUCAUCCUGACAAAAUUCGCCCGGAUCCCGCGUUGAACGAAACCGUUGAAUCCGUGAGCGAACGCUUUGUGGAAAUUUCCAAAGCGUACAAAGCCCUCACAGAUGAGGAGGUACGCAAUAAUUAUAUUCAGUAUGGUCACCCCGAUGGAAAACAAAGUUUCAGUAUUGGCAUUGCCUUGCCAAAAUUUAUUGUGACGGAAGGAAACGGAAAAUAUGUGCUCCUCGUCUAUGGAUCGCUGCUUGGGGUGCUUCUCCCGUAUCUCGUCGGGACCUGGUGGUACGGUACGCAGAGAAUGACCAGAGAGAAGGUCUUAGUAGCAAGUGCUGGUAAUCUCUUCAGAGAAUAUGAAGAGAACUUAUCUGAAGGGGGUGUCAUUGGCGCUCUCAGCAGUGGCGAAGAAUUCCGGAGUCUUCUUGGUGGUGAAAAAGGCGAAAGGGGCUCCGGAAAAAUCGAAAGGAAAAUACUUGCAGGCAGCGACUCUGAAAAGUUGUUCACAAUUCUUGCACCGGCAGACCGCCAGAAGCUGGAGGAUCUCGACGAUGGCUUGCGACGAAAAGUAUUGAGUCUUCUUUGGGCGUACCUUGGCCGCGUUGAACUUGAAGACCCAACCCUGAAUUACGAGAAGUAUGAAGUUGCGCCAGUCGCGCUAUCUCUCAACGAAUCGUUUGCUGCAAUUGCACUUGCAUUCGGAAAUACUAUGCCAAUUCUAUCAGCCUAUCGAACGUCCCAGAAUAUUAUCCAAGCCAUCCCGCCUGGGUCUUCACCGCUAUUACAACUUCCUCACUUCACUCCUGAAAUAGCCCAAGCAGUUGAAGGUGAAUCUGCCAAAUUGCACCUGACAGUUCAACAAUUCAUGCAUAUUCAUGAGCAGAAACGGCGAGAGCUUGCUACAGGUCCUCGUCUUCUAUCGAAUAGUCAGUACGAGUCGGCGGUAUCAGUAGCAAAGCAGCUCCCUUCCCUUCAGGUGGAGAAGGCCUUUUUUAAGGUUAUGGGAGAGCGUUUCAUUACGCCAGGAAGUUUGGUGCAAUUUGUAGUCAAAGCACGUGUUGUGCCACCCGGCUCAUCCAAUGUCCCUGAAGUGAAUGAGAUUGACCUCGAGGAUGUUGACCCCGAUGAGGGCGACCUCGAUGCUCUCCUUGGACGAAAACCUGCCAAACGUUCGAAAGCACCGGCUGAGGGCGAUAGCAAAGGCUCUGCAAGUGACAAUGAGAAGCUGGUGCAGCCACCUUUGGCUUUUGGGCCUUACCUGGCUCGAGACCAUUCACCACGCUGGCAUUUGUUCCUCGCUGAUGGCAAGCAAGGCAAGCUGGCUGUUCCUCCAUUCACAUUUACGACUUUUGAGAGACCUUUGUUCAAUAAUCAGGGCGAGCCGACUUACGCUAUCCAAACAUUCAAAAUGCAAUUUCAGGCGCCUCCUCAGCCAGGUCAGUACACGUUUGUCAUGCAUCUCGUGUGUGACAGCUACGUCGGUAUGGACAGCAAGCGCGAGGUUACCCUCGUUGUUGAUGAUAUGGCUCGGGCGGAGCAAAUUGACGCAGAGGACGAGAUUAGCGAACCAGAUGAAGAUUCCCUUGCUGGUCAAAUGAAUGCUUUGAAGACUGGAGGCCUGGCAGGCCCGACGCCGACAAGACCAAGACGUACGCGAGACGCUUCUAGUGAGGAAGAGAGCGGAACAGAAGACGAAGACGAAGACGAAGCCACCGAUACAGACACCGACACCGACACGGACGAGGAUUAAAAUCUGUUUUAUCCAUGUCAUAUGCGUUUCACUUCGCCCUACUUUGCUUCCUCGCCCGCUUCAUUUGGCUUCGCGCAUUAGGCUCUUUGUCAUUAUUUCAACUUUGUCUCCUUUACUGCUGUUGCUUGGACCAGUCUGAUUCUUGUACAUAAAAUGCCUUGAGGCGCUUCUACGCUCGGGUUUGAAUGAGAGCAUUUCAUUAAAUUUGUGGAGUUUAAGAGUCUUGUCGAGCUAUAAAUGUCUUGCAACAUGCUCUUCUUGAUACUUCGCCAGUCAAUGAAAAGUGAC